CUAUCCAUGACCAGACCCCACCCCUCUAAUUAUCUACUUGAAGUCUGGUGUGCUUGGCUUCUCAGUUUAUUCAGUUUCCUUUGAGACAAAUUUGUUUCGGUUUUGUUGCACCGGUGUUAAACAGUAUGGCAGCCGCUCAGUGUGCGAACGGGCCUCAUGGUCGACCAGGGCCCCGUCAGCCAGUUCCUCUGCCCGGCACUGAGGCACCCAACCCUGGGCACGGCCCUCCAGGAACAGGGGCCCAUGGGUCCAUCCACCCACCCCCUCCACACCACCACCAGCCCAGGCCAUACUUCUACAUGCAGCCUCCCCCUAUGCCUCCUCUCAUGCACUACCAGUGGCCCAUGCCCAUCCCUUACAACCCCUACUCUGGCUUUCCAGGAAUGGGUUACGGCAUGGUCAUGCCACAAUUCCCCCCCACAGCGUUCAUGGAGCCUCCCGGCUACGUUCUCCCUCACGCACAGCUGCACCCUGCAGACUACAGACGUGUCCUUCAGCCACCAUACCACCAGUCUGCUGCACACUACCAGAACCUGACCCAGAACCCCAACAGAAGGUUCCACUUCCAACAAAACCCGGGUUACCUUCCCAGGGAGACGGUGAGCUCUGAGGUCCAGACAGAACCCAUGGUUCCCGACGUCAGGAAAGCCUCGCCCGCCUUUGGAAACAAAGACCCGAUGGCUGGUUCAGACUCAGGGCGUGGGACCAGCUCCAGUGCCCCUUCCUCACCUGGUUCCAGCGAAGGUAAAGCGGGAAGCUGUCCUGAGGAGGAGAGGAACUCGGUCCCUUCCAGUACCUCAAAAGCCCUGUUCCUGGACAAGGGGAGAAGCAAGGGAGUGGGCGCGCCUACAGGAAGAAAAAAGUCCCAAUCUCGUCGGAUCUCCAUAGAGGCGCUAGCGAGGGUUGGCGCAGACCUGGGUCAUUUUGACAUGUCGGUUUGCUCCACAGACAGCAUGGUCCCAGUGUGUAGCUCUUCUAACCGGGACGAUGAUGUCAUCGAGGGGAGGCGGGUCUCCUUCCCUGACAUCUUGAUGGGUGGGGUAGGGUCGCCAGCGGUAACAAAAACACCUGACGUUCCCAGGUGUGAGCACAAGGAACCACAGGAAGAAGAGGAAAAGGAGGAAUGUGACCUCAUUUCGGAGGACUGUGACAGCCCGGAGGACUGUGACCUCACUCCGGAGGACGGUGACUUCACCCCGGAAAACUGCAACGUUGUCAUGGAUGAGAUGGUCAACAGCCAUUCCAAAAUACUGAAGCUCCCUUUUAAACUUCACGAGUACAUUUUGGGACCCAGAAAGGUCGACGAGUCAGUCUGGUCGGUGGAGUCACUGGCCCCUUAUAUCCCAACAACUGAGUGGCUUAUCCAAAAUGGUCUUCUGAACCCAGAGAAUGUCCCUCAGCUUGCCCCUUACAACCCAUCAACUGAGUGGCUUAUCCAAAAUGAUCUUCCGGACCCAGAAAACGUCCCUCAGAGGGUUCUUGAGACGAGUGAUCAAGAUGACACCGUUCUACAGCAGAAGUCCUUUGAGUAUGUCCAGUUUAAGAAAAUUGCAGAUGAGUCUGUAUGGUCUGUAGAUUCUCUCGCCCCCUACGUGCCCUCAGCAGAUUGGCUGAUCCAGAACGACUCACAGAACUAUGAGAACGUCAUCAAGGAGAAGGAAUCGGACGCUACCGACAGCAGCCAAACCCAAUUGCUGAAGAGGAUGAUGGCUGCCAAGGAGAGCAGGCAGAAGCUGCUGUUUUCUGAGUCUUCGAUGGACUCUCUUCCCCCUUACGUCCCCUCCGCCAGCUGGCUGGCCGACCAGGGAAACGUCUACUACUGCAGCAAGCUGCGUCUCUCCUCCCAGCAGGAUGUGAACGUUUUCCUCAGCUCUUCAGACAAACACGGCCUGUACAGAAGACCCAACAUGGAGUCAGAGCUUGGUCACUCCAAGCAGCAGCAGGAGGGCAACCCCAAGAGAAGUCUGAAUUUUGAGUUCUUGGAGAAAGUUGAUUUGGAAAGUUCUCAAGCAUUGCCCUCAACAAUCCCCAACGUGGAGAGGGAUCCGAAAAAUUGCACUCUGGAAGGUUCUAUUGAACAUGAACAUAAGGCUCGGUGCAGUCCAAAUCCGAGGGCUCUAGAUGCGGCAAGGAACCCCUGCUCUCCAGAGCACCCUAAACCCACCAUCUCCAUACACAUUGAAGAAGUGGAGAGGGGCCAUGGGAAACACGAAGUGGAAUUGGAGCAGGAAAUGGACAGAAAUGGCCCUAAGGAACCCAGCCAGCAGAUGUUGGAGAAGAUGGUCAUGGAUGCUUUGACGUCAAUGUCCAUACCUACAUAUAUGGGGCACUCUACGGCUUGUGGCCUGCAGUGCUUUAAACUACUGGAGAGAAACUGCCCCUGUGAGGACAGGCCAAAGCAGCAGGCAGGCACUUGCAGGAAGAGCCCCCUGCACACAGGAAGUGAUGAGGACAGGCCCAAGCAGCACGCAGUCGCUUGCAGGAAGAGCCCCCUGCACACAGGAAGUGAUGAGGACAGGCCCAAGCAGCACGCAGCCCCUUACAGGAAGAGCCCCCUGCACACAGGAAGUGAUGAGGACAGGACCAAGCAGCACGCAGUCGCUUACAGGAAGAGCCCCCUGCACACAGGAAGUGAUGAGGACAGGCCCAAGCAGCACGCAGCCGCUUACAGGAAGAGCCCCCUGCACACAGGAAGGGAUGACAACCCGGGCAACAUGCCCCCUGAUGCAUCAAAGCGUCAGGGCAAGCGCAGGGGCAACGGAUUUCAGUGGAAAACAGAGUCCAAGAGAGCCAACAAGGCUAGGAUCGACAGGGAGUGGAGCGACACUGGCCACGGACAGAGAAACGCAAAGAAAUACGUACCAUGGAAAAACAGGCCCCAACAGGUGUUUCCUCCAGACAGGUUCCAGACCAAUCCCACCAACAAGCCCUUCAACCAGAGGACAGGCCAAAGGAAUAGACAAGAGAGACCUAUAAUGGCUACCAUGGCAGAUCUAGAAAACCAAGAGGAGGAAAUGGAAGGAACCCACUGAAUUGACAAGACUGUCAAUAAGAUCCUCAAUUUUAACCUAACUAACCCUUAACUAAAACUUUCAAAUGAAUAAAUAAUAUUUUUUCAA